UACCUAUCAUUACUUGUCUUUGUUACUGGCACCAUUUUGCGUUUCGCUGGCAAGCCAUCAUAUAACCAGUAGCUCUCGGCCCCAGGGCAUGCCCCAGGUCCCCCGCGGGCAUUGCAUAGGCUAAGAUUGUUGGGUAUACCAGGCAUUGUCAGUGAGCGACUCCAGAGGACCUAACUCGCAACGGCCCGUUGAAGUUUUGGCGAGCUCGAGCAGCAAAUAUGCAGCUUCUAUGCACUAGCCCAGCGUGCCCAGCAGAAGUCAUCACGUCCAUAGAGGAGGCCAGCUGCUUGAGCGACGCUUUCGACACCGUCCGACCGCUGUCUUAUCACAGCGAGUGCUACGUGUCCGUGGCGAAGUGCAAAUGCAAUGGUCGGGACGUCGUCGUUAAAGCCUAUGUGCGGUCGGAGCUCAGCCCGAGUGCUCGGCAACAGGUGCAAACAGAAAUAGACAUCCACUCUGGGCUACCAGAGCAUGAAAACAUCGUGCGAUUCUACGCAGCCUUCGAGGAUUACGCGCGGAUAUACCUGUUGAUGGAGUACGCAUCCGGGGGAGACCUUAGAAAGCACUUGCCGGGGCUCACGGAGUGCAAAAUUCGCGACUUCUUCAUAAUGCCUGUGCUCCAAGCACUCAACGUGCUGCACAACAAGGGCUUCUCCCACCGCGACCUCAAACCGGAGAACUGCCUCGUAAGCGGCAGCGGCGACCAGGUCAAGCUGGCGGACUUUGGCCUGGCGCAGCCGACCCACAUGCCCGAGGACGCCUGUGCGGGCACCGACAGCGACAGCAGCGCCACUGCCAGCUGCGGGGUCGGCAGUGGCGGCACGAGGUCGAUGGACAGCGACUGCAGCAGCAUGGCCAGCGGGAUGAGUGGGCACAGCCGAGCGGUGAUCUGCACGGCGGGCGGGACGCCGCUGUACGCGGCGCCCGAGGUGCUGAAGGCCAUGUUCCGAAACCACGGCAUGCAGUCGGCGGUGGGGCCAAAGAACGACGUGUGGGCAUUAGGCGUGAUGGCGCUGGAGGCCGUGACGGGGUGUCACCCCUUCAGCCCCGACCACUACCAUUACGAGAAUGUGCUGUACUCUAUCGCGCACUGCCAGAAGGUCAACCUGCCGCCCAGCCUCAGUCCCGAGUUCACGGACUUUCUCGAACAGGCGCUGCACCGCGAGCCAUCCCAGCGCGCCAGCACUGCGGAGCUGCUGGCGCACCCCUGGAUGGCCAAAGCCUACAGCGAGGAGGAGCUGGCGCGCCUGCGCGGGGCCAGCGGCGGGGCCGUGUCGCUGGCAGGCGGCGCCGGCGCGGACCUGGGCUUCGACUGCUGGGAGUACUAGACAGCGGCAGUCAGCAGCGGUUAGGCCAUUUUGCGCGGCUGCUGCGCGGAUGCGCUGGCGCGCGUUUGCAGGCGUGCAGCUGCGAAGGGCGGGGUGGGCCGAGAGGGGUGUGGCAGCUGCCCGGGGAUUUUGCGGCCAGGCCCCCGCCGCUGGUUGUUGCAGCAGCGGCAAGGUGCUGAGCGGUGGGCGGGCAGGCGGUGCUUUCGGCACGGCCCAGCUGACGACGGCAGCGGCAGCGGCGCUGUUGGGGCGAGCCAACAGCCGGCAGCAGCGGCGGGAGCAUACCGCGCGGUUGCAAUGUGGGGUGGCUGCUGCCACAACCCGAAACGGAGCAGGUCGUGCACCUGGUGGCGACGGCAGCUCUGUAGCGGCUGUGUGAGCUGCGCAAUGGGCAGAGGAUGAGGAGCAGUCGUGCAAAUGCAUCAUGCUUGGCGAGCGACGCGUCAGCAGCGCGGCAUGAGCAUCAACGUCCGCCCGUGUCGCAUGGGGCGGGCGGCUGAACUCUCCGUGCACGUGCAUGGAGCAUCUGCAGGCAGCCAUGUGCUAUGUAUCACACACAGAACACAUGAAUGGUUUUGGUUUUGCAGUGGCGUUGCAAUUGGCGCUUGAGAAUAAGCGCAAGACCGGACUGCUGGGCCCGGCAGGGUGCAUUAGGGAGGUCGGUACCGCGGGUUUACGCAGGGUGCGACAAAGCAACGCAUAAUCACAUCUUGCCUAGUAGAUAACACCAUACCUGCUCGUGCCCAGAAGACUCUGGUCUGUAUGCGCAUGUGCGCUUAGUAUCUUCAUUUCUGUGUGUCUUGGUGUUUGUGCUCAGCAUGUUGUUGUGCCACGGUAGGGGUUUGACGAAGCUCUAGAUAGAAUGCAAGACGUCGUGACUGACCGUGAUGCAGGAGGUGUGACGGAUGGUGCGCGGGCAUUAUGCAAACGCGGAGGCCGAGUGUCUUGACAGACUGAACACGCACCACUUUGUUGUGACUCAGAGACAGGUUUGACUAACAGGGUUGUGCACAUUCGUGACCAAGGAAAUGGUGUGACCAACUUUUGCCCGAGUUGGAGUUGGCAACGUGCAUAGGUGAAAAAGCGUGGCGUGGCGAGUAGAGUGUCAGGCCCCAAUGCCCGUGGCCGCGUGUGGCUGGAUGUCUGAAUGGGCUGGAAUUUGGAUGCAGACGUCCCAUUGCGUGUGACGUACGGUAGCGCUUGAUUUGCUUGCCCAGUGAACAGAUAGGUAGCUGACAAGCCCAAAGUGCCAGCAUUGCGCAAUGGGCGAAGAAUAGCUUCUUUGUCCUUGAGAGGACGACCCUCGGAAGAGAAGGGGGCAGAGGUGUUUGGACCAUUGUUGCUGGAGGACUGAGUGACGGCGGCGGGUGAUGGACACAUGCCCACGCCGCCGUCAGUGUGGGCGAGCGACGCUAAUUGCGUUGAUAGGUCUUCGCGAGAUGAUUGGCCGCUAGAGUGGGCCGGGCCGGCGCUGUCGAAAUGCAGCCGCCCGGUUUGGCGCUGAGAGCGAACUGUAAACAACGUGCGUA